AUGAAGGAGAGAAGGGAGAAAGGGCUCUAUUACUACCGUGAUGCUAAAUGGGGCCCUGGACACAAAUGCCAAAACCUUAAACUAUACCUUUUGGAAGAAGUUCUGGUAGAAAAUGAGGGCAGGGAGGUAGUGACUGAAGAAAGGGAAGAGGAGUGUGCAGUGGAAGUGUUAGAGUUAGACAACCAAACAGAAAAUCCAGAAAUAUCCUUGCAUGCACUCACUGGAUCCCACAACCCAAAAAUAAUGAGGCUCAAAGGCAUAUUAGGGAACCAGUGGCUGACUAUUUUGGUUGACACUGGCUCCACCCAUAAUUUUUUGCACCCUGUGGUGGAAAGGGGAAGGUUAACUGUUGAUUGCAGUGAAAAAGUUAAGGAUGAAAUUGAACUCAUAGUGCAGGAGUUGUUGAAAUUCGGGGUUAUCCAACCUAGUCAAAGUCUAUAUUCUUCACCUGUCUUGCUAGUGAGAAAGGCAGAUGGAUCUUGGAAGCUUUGUGUUCACUACAGUGGCUUAAAUGGUGUGACUGCUAAGAACAAGUUUCCAAUACCAGUGGUAGAGGAACUUAUGAAUGAAUUGCAUGAUGCUGUGAUUUUUUCUAAGCUAUGUCUUCGAUUUGGAUACCACCAGAUCAGAGUUAAGCCAUUUGAUGUGCCUAAGACAUCAUUUAGGACACGAAGAAAUUACAAAAUUUCUAGUAUUGCCUUUCGGCUUAACUAA